AUGCGUAUCGUGAGAUAUAUUCGAAAAAAUCUAGGAGAAUACAUUUUGUUUUCAGUCAAAAGUAAGCCCAACUUAGUUGCAUUUUGUGAUUCUGACUGGGCGGCUUGUCCAAUGUCAAGGCGUUCUGUUACUGGUUAUUGUGUUAAGUUGGAAGAUUCUCUCAUAUGUUGGAAGUCUAAGAAGCAGAGCACAAUUUCACAAUCAUCAACUGAGGUUGAAUAUAGGUGUAUGGCAUCUAGUGUAGCAGAAUUGGUUUGGUUGAGAGGAUUGACUAAGGAAAUGGGAAUUAAGCAUCAUGAGCCAACAACAUUGUAUUGUGUUAAUCAGGCUGCACUUCACAUUGCAGCAAAUCCGGUGUAUCAUGAAAGAACGAAGCAUAUUGAGAUCGAUUGUAACUUUGUUAGUGAGUAG